CACGAGGCCCUGGACGCGGUGCGGUUUAAUCUUGCUGCUGCUGAGAGGCAUGCAGCGCUGCUGCAGCAAGCAGCAGCACCAGAGCUGUUUGCUGCUCUUGCUGCUGAAGCAACAACCCUAGGAAAAGAGGUGCAGCAGCUGCAGCAAGCUCGUGCUGCUGCAGCAGAAAGAGCAGCAGCAGAAAGGCUGCUGCUGUCGCGGGAGCUGGGGGAGACAAAAGCGCAGCUAGCGGCGUUGCUGCUAGAGACAGUCCAGCAGGAAGCAGCAGCAAACGCUCGCAGUGAGCAAAUCGCAGCGCUGCAAGUGCAGUUGGAGGCUGUGCAAAAGCCCUCGUCCGAGCUCCAUCAGGAGGUCAUUCGCCUAUCAGCUUCUCUUGCGCAGCGCGAUGGGCAGCUGCAAGCAGCGAGAGAACAGCAAGCAGAGCUGCUGGCCCUGCUGGAGCUUAUAGCCACUCGUGUACCAGAGUCGCUGCGCUUUAUGUGCCCUUUGACGGAGGCCCCUUGUCGCUACACUGCUGCUGCUGCUGCUGCUGCUGCUGCUGAUAGUGGCGCAGCAGCAGGACCUACGGGGGAGACACCCACGGCAGGCCAGCUGGCAGGUGAGACAGCAGCAGCAGCAGCAGCAGCAGCAGCAGCAGCUGAAGCGUCAGCGGCAACAAACGCAGCAGCGACGCCUUUGGAAACGCCAAGGAGCUUGAAAGGUGAGCGUUUAUCCCAGGAUCAGCAGCAGCAGCAGCAGCAGCAGCAGCUUUUGACGGUGGAGGCGCGAAUGGCCGCUGGUGCUGCAGUCUCAGCAGCCGCAACUACAUCAGCAGCCGCAGCAGCAGCAGCAGCAGCCGCAGCGGCAGCAGCAGCAGCAGAGAGCACUGUCCUUACAAGCAGCAGCAGUUCCGCAACAAGCGGGUUGUCAAAUGACUAUUUAUCUGCAGCAGCAACUGCAGCAAGUGCGGCCACUGCAGCAGGAGUAGCAGCAGCAGCAGCAGCAGCAGCAGACUCCGGAGGGCAACAGCAGGUCGCUCACUGCUACCAGCUGGAGAAGCAGCAGCAGCAGCAGCAGCAGCAGUACGAUCCCCAAAAGGAGCAGCACAACGGGCAGCAGCAGCAGCCCGCACUAAAAAUGCUGCAGCAAGAGCAGCAGUACCAGCAGCAACAGCUUCUGCAUCUUAAACAGCACGAAGACCCCCUCCAGCAGCAGUAUGAGCAGCAGCGGCAGCUCGUGCAGCAGCAGCAAGAGCCCCAACCCGAGCAGCAGCACAGCUACAGCAGCAGCAGCUACAGCAGCAGCAGCAGCUACAGCAGCAGCAGCAGCUACAGCA